AUGGCAAAUAAGGAAAAUGUGACGAGUACCUACCGCAGCCUUUCCAAAUACCGGCUCGCCAGCACAACGGGCUCUCAGCGGGCUCUCGGCAAGAACAGCUGCACCCCGGCCAGCACUCCCUCGGGAUCCCUCUUGAUGCAAAGAGCCAUUACCCACAGUGCGAAGAACAACCUGAAGUCUUCCAGUGUCCAGAGCAUGGCCCUCCCAGGCAGAGUACCGGUGGAGUCCAGCUCUACUGCCCAGGAACCACAGACAGAGGCCAGGAGGACCUUCACCAUCAAUGACUUUGAGAUCGGGCGGCCACUCGGCAAAGGGAAGUUUGGCAACGUCUACCUGGCCCGGGUCAAGGAGACUCAGUUUAUUGUGGCUCUCAAGGUGAUCUUCAAGUCGCACUUGGAGAAGGAGGGCAUGGAGCAUCAGCUCCGGCGGGAGAUCGAGAUCCAGUCUCACCUCAGACACCCCAACAUCUUGCGCAUGUAUAACUACUUUGACGAUAAGAAGCGCGUGUACCUGAUCCUGGAGUACGCCCCUCGCGGGGAGCUCUACAAGGACCUGCAGAAGCACAAGCGGUUUGACGAGGCCAGAAGCGCCACGUUCAUGGAAGAGCUGGCUGAUGCGCUCAUCUACUGUCACGGGAAGAAGGUCAUCCACCGUGACAUCAAGCCAGAGAAUCUGCUGAUGGGGCUGAAGGGGGAGCUGAAGAUCGCGGACUUUGGCUGGUCGGUGCAUGCCCCCUCGCUCAGGAGAAAGACCAUGUGUGGAACGCUGGACUACCUGCCUCCUGAGAUGAUUGAAGGCAAACCUCAUGACGAGAAGGUCGACCUCUGGUGCAUCGGGAUACUCUGCUACGAAUUCCUGGUGGGGCACCCGCCUUUCGAGAGCGUCUCCCACACCGACACAUACCGUCGCAUUUUAGCGGUGGAUCUCAAGUUCCCACCAUUUGUGUCAGAAGGAGCCCGGGAUCUGAUCUCUAAGCUGUUGCGCCGCAUCCCUGUUCAGCGGCUUUCACUGCAGGCCGUGAAGGAACACCCCUGGGUGAAAGCCAACUCUCAGCGGGUGCUGCCGCCGGUCUUCAGUUCUGCACCCUCAAACUAG